AUGCGAAUUCCCGUAGAUCCCAGCGCCAGCCGGAGGUUCAGUCCGCCUUCCAGCAGCCUCCAGCCGGUCCCAGGGAAGAUGAACGACGUGAGCUCUCCGGCCGGCCAGCCGGACGCGGCUGCCGCGGUGCCGAGGCUACGUCCCCCGCAUGAGAACCGCAGCAUGGCCGAGAUCAUCGCCGACCACCCGGCCGAGCUGGUGCGCACCGACAGCCCCAACUUCCUCUGCUCGGUCCUGCCCUCCCACUGGCGGUGCAACAAGACGCUGCCUGUCGCCUUCAAGGUGGUCGCCCUGGGGGACAUACCGGAUGGGACGGUCGUCACCGUGAUGGCGGGCAACGACGAGAACUACUCCGCCGAGCUGCGGAACGCCUCGGGCGUGAUGAAGAAUCAAGUGGCGCGCUUCAACGACCUCCGCUUUGUGGGCCGCAGUGGCAGAGGCAAGAGCUUCACGCUGACAAUCACGGUAUUCACCAACCCACCGCAAGUGGCCACGUACCACCGAGCUAUAAAGGUCACCGUGGACGGACCUCGUGAGCCCAGGAGACAUCGUCAGAAGCUUGAGGACCCACCCAAAAGCGGCCUGUUCUCAGACCGCCUUAGUGAGCUUGAAAGGAUGAGGGUGAGGGUCACAGUUCCCACACAGCCCCCCCGACCAGCUCUCAACACAGCAGCAAACACUUUCAACCCACAGGGCCAGACACAGAUAACAGACCCUCGUCAGUCCCAGUCCUCUCCUCCGUGGUCAUACGAACAGACGUACCCGUCCUACCUGAGUCCCAUGGCGUCCCCCUCCGUCCACUCAACCACCCCCCUCUCCUCCAGCCGAGGCACGGGCCUGCCUGCCAUCAGUGACGUGCCUAGACGAUUGCCAGCUUCUUCCGACCUGAGCCCGUUCCCUGGUCAGUUCGAGCGCCAGUUCCCGAGCCUCUCGUCCAUCACGGACAGCCGCUUCUCCAACCCGCGCAUGCACUACCCGGCCACCUUCACCUACACCCCGCCCGUCACCUCGGCCAUGACGCUUGGCAGCGCCCACUACCACACCUACCUCCCCCCUCCUUACCCGGGCUCCACCCAGAGCCAGAGCGGACCCUUCCAGACCAGCAGCACACCCUAUCUCUACUACGGCGCCUCCUCCAACUCCUACCAGUUCUCCAUGGUCCCCGGCGGGGACCGCUCGCCCUCUCGGAUGGUCCCACCUUGCACUAGCGCCUCCACGGGCACCUCCCUGGUGAACCCCAACCUACCCAGCCAGUCGGAAGGAGGCGUGGACGGUGACGGGAGCCACAGUAAUUCCCCGACCGUCCUCAACCCCGGCGGCCGCAUGGAUGAAGCAGUCUGGAGGCCAUACUGAGGAAGACCGGGGGACACGCAGAUAACAAGUCAGCUGAUGUCGCAG